AUGGCGUCCAACUCACAGAUUGUGGCGGCGUUUAGCCAAGUCCCUCUGCUCGUCAAGAAACACGGAGCGUCCUACUUCGACCAUCUGCUAGAGUGGAGGAGAAUGACGGAACUGUAUCUACUCGAGCAAUGCGCACACCUCGUGCAGAUUGGGUACAAGUGCGGGCUUCACUUCGAACUGCUCAGGACGACGCUCGGCGAGUGCGGGAACCUCGUCAGGAAUCGAGAGAUUACUGAGGCGCACCAGCUUCCAACUCAAGAGCAGCUCUGGGAUGUGCUCAAGAAUAACCGGGCCUACGUGUACAGCCCGAACCGCAAAGCCUGGUACCCCGAGUCUCCUCAUGCAGCCGAGUACGCUGUUCCUGGGAACCUGUUCGCGAACAUCACCGGCCAACACUCGCUCCUCAAGCCCGAGAUAGGUCGUCGGGUUGCGGGUAUGUAUGGGACGACGAAGGGGAGAUGGGAGAGGGAUGCGAGGGCUUUCUAA